AUGUCGUCGGGAGGCAGCGAUGUACGAACGACGACGUGCUUCGAUAAGUAUAACUUCGCAUGCGUGAAUACGAACGUUAAAGAUGCGGACGUUAUCACCGCGUUUGCGGUCUACAUCCUUCUCGCGUUUCUCCUCCUCGCAUCGUUCGGACUGCUGAGGCAUAAUAUACCCAUAUACUCUGGGAGGUGCUAUUUGAGUUCGCUGAACGUGGCUGGAAACGCGCCGCCGCCUUUGCCGAAACUUAAGCAGCGAAAAAAAGAAAACAUACUGAAGUACUGGUUUGUGCACGUGUUCGGUUGGGUGUCUCACGUCAUGAACGUUUCGGAUACCGAGUUGGUGAACUCGAGCGGACUGGACGCCUUGGUAUUUUUACGAGUCGCGCAGUUUGGAACGCAACUGUUUCUACCGAUUACCGUUUUAGGACUCAUUAUGCUGUGUCCGAUCCAUAUUUCUCAGUCGUUUUAUAUAGACUCGUUGAGAGAGACGUACGUGAAUAGUACAGAUGCGGUGAAUUCAGGUGAAAAUUAUUUGAUGGGGUUGACCAUCGCAAAUAUUGAGCCUAUGUCUGGUAUAUUUUGGGUGCACGUCCUGUUUUCCUGGCUCAUCACGUUGUAUACGCUAUGGUUAUUAAAGCAUCACUAUCGUUCUUACGAAUUUUUGAGGCAAGUGUAUGGAAGUUCCACGGGAGAGUGUAAUGUAUGGAGAACAAUGCAUUUGCCGCAAACGACUUUGCAACGUUUGUUGCAACAAGGAACGAACGAAACGGCGGAAUUUGGAAUCAACGUGCUCCAACCAAUAGAAAAACAAGAAGAAUACGACGUAGAAAAUAGGAUGAGUGGCGAUCAAGGCGGUCUUGACAAAACAAGUAGUGGGGAUGUAGGUGAUGGAUCUGUGAGAAAAGGAGUAACAAACCCAUUUUUAUCGACAGUGUCAAAAACGCUCGCUGAGAUUGCAGAUAUCGUUUCCGGGCCCAGCGAUUACGAAGAGAACGAUUAUAGUAAGUUUAGCGCAAGAAGUGAUGGUCGUGGUGGUAUUAUUGAUCAGUUGCAGACACAGCGUUCGGGAAUGUCUAAUUUUAGUACGGGAAGUGAGGGAAGAAGAAGUGCAGUCAAAAAUAAUAGCGCGAAUGUUGCCGAUGAAUCGUGGCCUAUCCUUUUAGAAGCAAUGUUAGGUCCAGGUCUAAGUAGAUCCGUGAUAUCGCCAAGAACUAGCGGAGGAGGUGAUUUUCCUACUCCGAUGUGUAGCGAAAAUAGGUUCUCAACUCCAGUGGCAUCAAUUAAUGCGGAUCCAAAUAAUUUCAAUCGAAGAUCGUCACUCCCGACGUCGCCGACUGGUACCAUGGUGGAAAAUAGCGCACAAGAAAGAAGUCAUCCUGAGAAAAAUAUCGACGACAGAGAGAACAUCAGCAGCAAGCUAAAUAGCCCUGAAUCGAAUGCAAGUCCUACAUCGGUUUCCAGCGACGCAUCCAGAGGAAGUGAAAACACGAAAAAUAGCGGAGCAAAGUUCAACAUGCCCAGAGCGUCUCUGGAUUUGCGAUUGUCAAAUUACGUCACAACGCGGCCGAAAGGUUCUGACGUAGCGAGUCGGUAUCAUAAAAGUGAGAAACAGCACCUGACGAAAAGAGAAGAAAGAGAGAGACAAAAGAGGCAGCUUUUUCAGGAGAGACAAGAGUUAGCAAAAAGAGACGAAGAAAACGACAGCGAUACUUACAGCACUAGAAAAAGAGUGAUUCCGGCACCAAUUGCGAUUCCAAGACCAACUGGCCGCGAGUCAGGAUCUGAAACGCCAGGUGAAUUAUCAACGGCGUCCUCGAUGGGUCCGCUUUCGCCUUUGUCGCCACCCGAUGCACUUGAGGCGACUCCAGAUUCGUUUACAUCGAAAAAUGUGCACAAUACUACUGCGUCAAUCGGUGAUUUACCGCUGAAAUUGAGACGACCAGAAUCGCCCAAUCCGUUUCUGAGAAUGCCAUCAGCUGAAAAUUUGAACGAAGGCAUCAUUCAAGGAUUCAAUAAUACUAAUAAAAGCGGGUCCUUUGAAAAUUUAGAAAGUUCGGGUAAUGUUGUGAGAACUGAACUGCAAGUUCUGCAAGAAAAUAUUUCUCAAAUCGUUGAAGAUUUCACUGAUUACGAUGAACUUGAGGAUACGCAUUCGAUCGCGCAUAACUGGUGGGUGGGAUUAGAUAUUGCCGAAACAGUGUGGGCUAACAAUAACAAUGUGAAAAAUAGUGAAAAUUUAUGGGAUGAUGUCGAAUGUGGAACUUGCGGUCAAGAUGGCGAGAAUAAUAUCCCGUGCACACCAACUCGAGCGCGCGGUGGAGGACUCAUGCAUAAAUCGAGCUCAAAAGAUAUUGAACUGCAAUAUCUAUCGCCUCAUAUUCGUUCUGAUGAUUCUUAUGGACAAGAUCUCUCAGAUCUCGCAGAAAAAGCUAUGAUGAACGAUAAUGCUUCUUCCUCUCGAACGAGUCCACAUCCUACGCCAUCUAAGGGUAUUUCUCAUCACGUGGUCACUCCUACGAAAGGCGCCGAAGCUGCGAGCAAUCUCUUAUUUCCAAAUCCGUCAUCUGCUCAAAAUACUCCUACCCGUAAGGCGCAUAGAAGACGACCGAGUGGUAUGGAUUUCGAAAAUGAAAAAGUAAAAACGCAAACGAUGGAGGCAGCGGCGGGAGUUUAUGAUGAUUCUUAUCAGUUUGCGAAGUGCUGUCCAGUACCAUCUGUUGACGACAGACGAUUCGUAUCGGCAGUGCAUUUUGUUGACGCGGAUGAAUUAGAGGAAGAAUUUGCGGGAGAAGGUGACUUUCAAAACAACGGAGACAUUAAUAUUCAACAACAACGAGAAAGAAUCGUGUCAGUACUCGUCCAAAAUUAUUGCGUGUUGAUGACAGAUGUUGGUGAUUCGCAAGGUCGAGGGGAUCCGUGGGAUGAUCUUCAACACGUAGAAAAGUUCUUUCGCGGAUUGUUUGGGGCUGAUUUUCUCAGAAUCAUUCCCUUGCACGACCACGAACGCGUCGAUUAUUUGCUCACUCUGCGCGAUGAAAUAAAAAACUCCCGAGAUCGAUUAAUGAUGACGCGGAGAAUUGGAGACAUGUACGAAAGAGCUGGGACCGGAUCAAAAGCAUCAAAUCGACGCGAAUUUCUCACGAAAAGGCUAAAAACGAUAGAUGCUGAAAUAUUGCGCGAGAGAAGAGCAGCCUUAUUCAAAGGCCCUGGACCUUCGUGCGUGAUUGCGUUUCGAUCUCAAUACGCUGCAGCAUGCGCUGCACAGUGUAGAAUUACUUCUCGAGGAGGAUCCUUUCAAAUCCAACCUGCGCCUGGACCGGAUGAUAUCAAUUGGCAAACUGUCUUACUGCGCAAAAAAGAGCGUAAUCGCAGGUCAUUAUUCGUGCUACCUCUGAUUGCGAUUAUAAUUUUUUUACCGAUGGGAACGCUCGCCGGUGUUCUGAAUACACUCUGCGCAAACGACGUGACAUCAUCAAGCGCAUCAGAAGCAACGACGUUAGAAUUUAUGAACUGGUAUUGCAAAAGUGAAGAUGCAGGAGUCGUAAGAGUAAUCGUGGGAUCGAUUUUACCGCCCAUCUUGCUCACGCUAUGGGAGACAUUCAUCAUGAGUUUUGGAUUACUUUAUCUCGUCCAAGCGCAAACGACUCACGUUUCGUUAUCAAAGACGGAUCAGCAAUUCACCAAGUUCUACUUUCUGUGGGCUUUUAUGAAUAUAUUCCUCGGUACUGUUUCGGGGUUCGCGUUUGAACGUUACUUGACGGCGUUGCAAACCGAAGGUCCAGAUGAAAUGUUAACGUUGCUUGGCUCAUCCUUACCUUUGACGUCAAAUUUCUUCCUCAUUUGGAUUUUAUUUCGAGGAAUUUAUUUACCAUCGCAACGCUUAAUCUUCCCGCAUCCUGGCGUACUGUGUAUGGCGGUGAACAAGUUUUGCUGUUGUUUGGGUUGCGCGGUCACACCACGCGACCGGACGGUGAAGUACUCGCCAAGGUCAGUUAGAGCUGGAAGAGAAGUUGGCGUUUUCGUCAUGGUGAUGCUCAUUGGUUUGGUUUUCGCUCCAGUUGCGCCGAUGAUCUCGCUACUUUCGACGAUUUUCUUCGUCUUCAACUUUAUAAUUUGGCGUUAUCACAUCUUAUACGUCUACGACAAGACGUAUGAAUCGAGUGGAUCGAUGUGGCAAACUGUUACGGACUUGACGAUAUAUGCACUUUUGAUCGCGCAAAGCUUUCUCUCUUUCGUCUUGCUAUCAAAGAGAGCUUAUGCCCCUUCUUUGGUUUUGUGGGUCACCUCAGUCCCAGUUUUAAUGCAAAACAAAGCAAAAUUUCGCAUGCGUCACGAAAAGUUGAAGUGGGCAGUACCUUUACCGCACGCCGCGGUCGCUCCGAGAGUUGAGUUUGAUCCGGUCGCAUAUCGGCAUCCGGCGUUGAAUGAAAACUCUUUCGGUUGGCAUCCAGAUGUCGGUAAAGUUUGGAGAGGAUAUAAAGACGUGACGAGCAAACGCGCGUUCGGUAGAAAGUUUCGUUACAAUUACUACAAUCCUCCUUCGUAA